AUGUCUUCGUCACCUUCAACUGAUAGAGUCUUCAAGUACGAUGUGUUCCUCAGCUUCCGUGGUGCAGACACUCGUAAAACCGUCGCUAGCCAUUUGUAUGAAGCACUUGUCAAAAGAGGAAUCCGUACCUUCCGAGACGAUCGGAGGAUUGAGAAGGGAGAAUCCAUUCGCGAAAAACUCCGAGGAUCCAUCGAGAGUUCAAGGUUUGCCAUUGUUAUUAUCUCAAAGACCUACGCUACUACAAAGUGGUGCUUGGAGGAGCUUCAACUGAUAAUGGAUCUUGUAUCCAAGAGAGAGAUGGGUCUCAUUCCGGUUUUCUACGACGUCAUUCCAUCUGACGUUAGAAAUCUCCGACACAAAUUCUCUUUAACAGAAGGCGAAAUUUCAGAAAAGGCGCCGGAGGAUAUUCUCAUAUGGAAAAAAGCCCUUAUGCUUAUUGGAGACCGACAAGGCAUCGAGUCUAGUCAAUGUAAGAAUGACGCCAUGAUGGUUGGAGAGAUUGCUGGACGUAUUUCAAGCAGGUUGAAUCCUAUGUUCCCGAUGGAUGUGGAGGAUAUGGACGGGAUGGAAGAUUACGUGGAACGUUUUAAGCCUCUGUUGGACUUGGAUUCCGAGAGUAAUGAGGUUCGGAUGAUAGGAAUCUGGGGGAUGGGAGGCAUUGGCAAAACCUCCAUAGCCAAGUAUCUUUAUGAACGUCAUAAACAUCUCUUCUCGACUCACCAUUUUUUCAUUGAAGUUGUUUCUUCGGAACGAAAUGGUAUCGUGGAGUUACAGGAACAGCUUCUUUCCAGUGUCAUUGACAAAGAAGAUGAUCUCAAGUUCUGGAGCCCUAGCAAGGGAGCUACUCUAAUCAAGUCAAGGCUUAGUAACUUAAAAGUUUUUAUUGUCCUUGAUGAUGUGUAUCAUGAGGACCAUCUUCGUUUCUUGGCAGAAAAGCGUAGCUGGUUUGGACACGGGAGCCGAAUCAUCAUAACCACGCAGAACAAGAGCUUGCUAAAAAGGUACACAAAAUUGUACGAAGUUAAGUGCUUGGAUGAUGAUAAAGCUCUCCAACUCUUUCAGAGAUUUGCUUUUCGAGGAGGAAAGCCUCUUUCUAGACUCCACAAACAUCUCUCAAUCCAAUUCUGUAAGCUUGCUCAAGGCCUUCCUUUGGCCCUCCAGACUUUCGGUAAUAAUCUUCGUAACAAAUCCCUCAGGAAGUGGCAAGAUGAUUUAAAAUCACUUGAGGAAACUCCAGGCGAAAAGAUCAUGAAGCUCUUGAAGAUUAGGUACGAUAGAUUAGAAGAGCUUGAGAAGACUGCUUUUCUUCACGUUGCAUGCCUUUUCAAUGGAGACCCUUUCUUGCGAGUCACGAAACUUCUUGAACAAGGUGACGACGUGAUACAAAAAUUAGCGACAAAGUCUCUCAUCGACAUAUCUUCUGGUGGGCGUAUAUCUAUGCACCGUUUGUUAGAGCAAACAGGAAGACAAAUUGUGCGCCAAGACGACCCUGCCGACCAACGAAUCUUGUGGCACCAUGAAGACAUCUAUCAAGUGCUUAUAGACAAAGCAGGAACACGAAAAAUCCAAGGCGUGGCGUAUGAUGUUUCUAAGAUAACCGAUGAUGAUGAUCUUCAUAUUCAUAUCAAAUGGGAUGUUUUCAAGCGAAUGCAUAACCUCAGUUUUCUGAUAUACAAGCAGUCCAGAUAUUUAGAGUCCCGCAGGGAAGAUUUGAUUAUAAACAAAAGUUUGCCUGUUCCUCGUAAGCUUAAAUUAUUGCAUUGGGAUGCAUAUCCUUAUACAACCUUGCCUACCGGAAUCCGUCCAGAGUUUCUUGUUGAACUAACUCUUUGUUACAGCAAGCUCAUAACCUUGUGGAGUAAAACUGAAAUUCCGAAACUUUUUAAGAAACUGAGGAAACUAGACUUGACGGGAUCUAAGGAUCUUGAAGAACUUCCAGAUCUUGAGGAAGCUGAGUUUCUAGAGGAGUUGAUACUAGAAGGUUGCACUUCCUUGAAACAGAUUCCAAAAUCCAUCUGUAACCUACCUAGUCUUCAUAAACUUGAUGUUUCCAACUGUGAUGGGCUUAAGAAGCCAAGCAUCAACAUAACGAACUCUAACUCUACUGUCAUUCGAGGCAGAAGCUUACCCGUCAGAUCAGUCCGCCUACAACUUCAUGGCACAGAACCAUCAGCGGAAGAGUCUCAACACAUUUCUCUUACAAAUCUUUCAGUCAAAGGCAACCUGGAAAUCAAGUUGAUAUCUCCUGGAGGAUACGCAGAGCAUCUAUCUUAUAUCUCUCAUGAAGAACUCAUGACGAAGUUGGACUUCGAGUCACCUCCUUACGGUUGUAAAUCACUCGACAUCAUGCGGUUUCAUGGCAGCAAGAACCCUUUCAAGUGUAAGAGCUUUUCAGGGUUUCCAUGGUUACUGGAGCUAAACCUAAUCAACCUAAACAUCCAGAAAAUCCCUGAUGACAUCCACCAGAUGCAAGCCCUAGAGAAACUUGACCUCAGUGGGAACAUCUUCGAGAUGUUACCUACAACAAUGAGUCAACUUACAAAGUUGAAAAAUUUGACGCUUUGUAACUGCCGCAGUUUAAAAGAAUUGCCAGAACUUUCUCAGGUGGAGAGGCUGACGCUUUCUGACUGUACAAAGCUCCGAGCAUUGAUAAAGAUUGGUGGUAAGAGAAGAUACAGUUUGCUUGAGCUUUGGCUUGACAACUGCAAGAGUAUUGUUUCAUUAUCAGAAGAGCUUAGUCAUCUCACUGAGUUGAGAUACUUAGAUCUCAGCAGACAAGAUUUCAAGACAUUGCCGACAAACAUCACAAACCUCACAUCUUUGGUGAAGCUCUGCCUCAGUUACUGCAACAACCUCGAAUCACUGUCAGGGCUUCCACCGAGUCUCAGGAACUUAAAUGCACAUGGAUGCAAGUCUCUGGAAGCUUCUUCCCUUGUAGUCACGCAUUCUUUUGAUCUUAGCCAUUGCCCUUAUUGGAGGCAGGACUCUAGUAAAAUCACUCGUUUUCCAACUGGAAGACGUGGUAAAGAGGUACCAGUAUGUGCUUGUGCUUCCUUCAAGGGAAAUACAAUUGCAAGUACGGCUAAACAAGUGAUCACAUGUAGUACUAGUCUCAUAUCAAACCACUUGCAGCGUUUAAAGUCGUGGUUGCGUGUUUUUGCUCGGUGUGUAUCGGUUGCGGGUUUCGUCGUUCUGCUUGUGGCUCUUGCUAUUCUUCUUGUGGGUCUCGUCAUUUGGCUUGUGAGAGAAAUCGAUUCUUUUUACUGCCAGAAAAGCAUGAGAUGUUACGCUAAUUAA